AUGGGUCUCCUGCGCCUUCACAUUGAUGGAAAGGUCUUUCGGGAUCCUCAGAACCGAGAGAUUGUUUUGAGGGGCAUCAACGUCGCAGGAGAUGCCAAGUAUCCCAAAAAGCCCGAUAUUCCCUCAUUUGUUUCGGAAAAGUUCUUCGAAGCGGACGAUGUUUCGUUUGUAGGGCGUCCAUUCUCGCUGGAGGACUCACAUACCCACUUCAAAAGGCUACGCAAGUGGGGCUAUAAUGCAAUCCGAUAUAUCUUCACUUGGGAGGCAAUUGAACAUGCCGGCCCCGGUGUGUAUGACGAAGAGUGGAUUGCAUUCACCAUCGAGGUUCUGAGAAUAGCCAAGCAAUAUGAGUUCUAUGUCUUUAUGGACCCUCAUCAGGAUGUGUGGUCUCGAUUGUCAGGAGGAUCUGGCGCUCCGAUGUGGACACUUUAUGCGGCGGGCCUGAACCCGAGAGCAUUCAAAAAUACAGAAGCCGCACUCGUUCAAAAUACAUAUGACAACCCGGCCGAAUUUCCGAAGAUGAUCUGGAGCACGAACUAUACGCGUCUCACUCACUUCAUCGCAGCAUGCAAGCACCUAGCACAACGAAUCCACGAAGCUGGGGACAUUGAACAUGAGGUAGUGAUUGGUUGGGAGAGUAUGAAUGAGCCUCAUCGAGGUCUCAUUGGAGUGCAGGAUAUCUCUAUCAUUCCCCCCGAGCAGCAGCUUCAGCUUGGAACUUCACCCACGGCAUUUCAAGCGAUGUUAACAGGCGCCGGACGAGCUUGUGAGGAAAAUACCUGGGCCUUCGGCAGCUUUGGACCUCACCAAACUGGGCGACAACUUGUGGAUCCGGAGGGAGAAAUGGCCUGGCUCCCAGCAGAUCAUGAUGAUAGCAAAUAUGGCUGGCAACGAGACCCAGGCUGGAAACUCGGAGAGUGUGUUUGGGCGCAACAUGGAGUCUGGGAUCCGGACACGGACACUCUCCUUCAGAAAGAUUAUUUUUCGAAAGUGCCUAGCACUGGGGAACCCUUGAACUACGAGAUUUUCACCAAUACUUACUUUUUGGAACACUACCGGAAUUACAGAGAUGCAAUUCGGGGUAUCUGGCCUGCGGCUAUUCUGCUGUGUCAGCCACCUGUGAUGGAAGUGCCUCCCGACUUGAAAGGAACUGAGGACGAUGAUCCAAACAUGGUCCAUGCUGUGCAUUACUACGAUGGUCUGACUCUUUUGACUAAGCAUUGGAACCGCCUCUACAAUGUGGAUGUCAUCGGAGUGCUUCGGGGCAAGUACUGGGCUCCGGCGUUUGCUGUGAAGGUCGGAGAGUCCGCGAUUCGUAACUGCCUGCGUGAUCAACUCAAAUUCCUUCGUGAGGAGAGCUUGAAGUACAUGGGCAAUCAUCCACUCCUUUUCACGGAGAUCGGUAUUCCAUAUGAUAUGGACAACAAGCAGGCCUACGAGACUGGCGACUAUAGCAGUCAGACGAGCGCAAUGGAUGCCAAUCACUUUGCUCUGGAAGGCAGUACCUCGAAUGGCUUUACAUUGUGGGUGUACCAGACAGAGAAUAACCAUGAAUGGGGUGACCUUUGGAAUGGAGAAGAUCUGUCCAUCUACUCCCGAGAUGACUUGGAACUUCCGACCAAGGCCACAUAUACAUCACUCAAUCCACAGUCUCCGGCCUACUCUGAGAGCCAUAGCGGUGGAGAUGAACCAGAAGUCGAUUCUCAGAACCUCAAGCGCGCCCUCACAAACCCGUCAAUCUCCAGUGUGAGCUCUCAAACUCCCAAGGGGUACCGAGCCGCCGAGGCUUUCCUUCGACCAAGUCCAAUCUACGUGAACGGGUCCCUGGACAAUUACGUCUUUGACCUUCGAAAUUGCAAAUUUACUAUGAACCUGACGGCGAAGGUACCUACACCAUCCGACACCCCAACAGAGAUAUAUCUGCCUGAAUUCCACUUCCCUGAGAGUGGGACAGCAAUCGCGGUCAGCGGGGGAAAUGGGAAAUUGACUAUCAGCAAUUCAAGACGAUCAAGGUCCAGCGAUUGCGAUGGUGGCACGCUGAAGGAGAGCAGAGUAUCAAGAUCGAGGGGGUCAAGCGCAAAGCAGGGGAGUAUGCGAGUCCAUCUGGGGACGACAUAA